AUGACCAACAAAAAACCUAAAGAAUCAACUAAAGAUGAAAAUGGUAAUGCCGAGGUGGAGGCAGAAACCACGAUCACGCCCACCACUGUUAAACAACAUCUAGCAAAAAGUAACUUGAAUCUUGAAGAGGAAAUAAAGCAAACAGUCACCGAGCAGCUCUCCUACGCCUACGACCUUGAUGCAGCAACUCAAACCAAUGAUAAUAAACCUUGGGAGCUCUUCUUCGAAGACCGGAAGGGAGUCGUACCGAUGGCCCUGUACAGACAGAAGUUUCAUGAAUCUUCAUCCUCGCCCGAUUCCUCCUCCUCAAAGCCCAACAUCAUCUGCGACCCGAUCCGAGCCGUGGCCACCGUGCCCGGCGUGACCGCCCACGAACUGUGCGCCUACUUCUUCUCGCCCGACCACCGGUCCACCUGGGAGUCGCACAUCCUCUUCGUGAAGGUCCUCGAAACGGUCAACUCUAACACUCUAGUUCUCCACCAGGCCUACGAAAGUCCGGUGUGGACGGUCAGCGAGCGGGAGGCGCUCUUCUGGUCCGCCUUCAGGCAGGCCGACCAGCGUCAGGUGAAGUCCAUUGAGGGAGUUCUGAAGGAGUUGAAAGAUGAUGACCCAUUUCUGUCAUCAUCCUCUUCGAAGCUGCACGACGUCUGGAUGGUGGUGAACAAGUCCACCUCGCGCGAUGAGGAGAUCUCCUCGGUGUCGGGAAAGCGCAUCCGCCUGGACAUUGUCGUCUCUCUGAUUGCCGAGACGUACAUCGUUGCUGAUAAGGAUAAGGAUAAGAAUAAGAGCUCUUCGGGAAAAAAAAUUAGCCGAGACCAGCUGCGCACCCGAUUCCACUACAACGCCCAGUCAAACCCUGGUGGCUGGAUUCCCCUGCCCAUCAUUCGAACUGUCUACAAGAAGGAGUUCCCCAAGAUGAUGCGCCGCUUCACGGAGACCACCGCCGCCUACUACCGCCACAAGGAGGUGUCAUUUGGCGGUGAUGGUGGUGAUGGUGGUGGUGACAAUUAA